AUGAAGAACUGGGGAUGCCGAACCUCUCAAUUUCUCCCAAACAAGAAGCAUGAGAAAAGUAGCAAGCCUAAGAAAAAGGGUAAUUUGGGAAAGAAACAACAGAAGGGUAAGGGUGAGUGCAGCUCUAGGGAUCAAAUCAGUUUUGUGGAUAGAAUCAGUGAGUUGCCGGAUGGCAUUCUUGUUAGUAUCUUGUCUUGCUUGCUUGUCAAGGAAGCAGCAGCCACUAGUGUCCUUUCAAGGCGGUGGCGGGAUCUGUGGGCGUCUACUAUGACUCUCAACUUUGAAGAUGAGAAGAAUUCGAGGGAAUUUAUGGAAGUGAAGCCGAAUAUACAACACAGGCAACGCCGUAAUUUUGUCAGUUUGGUGGAUCGUGCGGUGCAACGGCAUACAGGCCCAUUGAUUGAACGGUUUAGGGCUUGCUAUUUUCUAGACAGUGGCUUUGCAGGAUCCAUUGAUGAAUGGGUUAAGUUUGCAAAGGAAAAGAGGGUUCAAAUACUUGAGCUAGAGUUUUCAGCAGCUAAUGUUAAAGAUAACUAUACAUUUCCUCAUGAACUAUUAGGUCUUGAGAAAGGGUUUACUGGAAAGAACUUGUGUUCUGGCAUCCCAAGUCUACAUUCUGGAUGUAGUCUGGGUUUCAAGUCACUAAAAGUUCUUAAUUUGCGGCAUGUUAAUGUGGCUGGAGAAGUUCUUGAGUACUUGUUAAUGAACUGUCCAGUUGAAAGAUUAUCAGUGGUGGCAGCCAAAAAUUUGGUUGAUUUAAGAGUUUUUAGUCCAUCCAUCAAAUGGAAGUAUUUGGCGAUAAAACAUUGUCCUGACCUUAAAACCAUUGAGAUAUGUGAUGCUGGCAUUGUCUCAUUUACUUACAUCGGAGUUGGUAUAGACCUAAUUCUGAAUAAUGUACCGUUGCUUGCUGAGGUAUCCAUUACUGAGCUUGAGAUUGAGAGCAACGACUAUUUCAAUUCUAUAACUAUAUCCGUAGAGCUUCCCUUUACCCAACUGUCAUGCUAUAUUUCUCAGCUGAGGUAUCUCACAAUGGAUAUCAGUGAAGCGGUCUACAAUCAGGAUUAUGUGUUCCCUAUAUUAGCAAAUCUCAAGUAUUUGGCAUUAAUAUGUGAACCACAUUAUGCGUCUUCUCUUCGUUAUUUGACUUCGUUCAUGAAGGCAUCGCCUCAACUGCAGAGACUUCUGGUGAAGAUGAAUAUUAUCACAUCAUGGUUGGAGAAGAUCGGAAUAGGAAUACUAGAGAUGGAGGAGAUUGUGACGACAGAGCAAAUGGAGAGUCUAGCAAAAUGCCCUCAUCAUGAGCUCAGAGUAAUAGAAGUAGUUGGGUAUCGUGCUCGCAGAUUUGCUGCUAAACAUGUCAUGCUCUUGUUGAAGAAUGCUGUUGCACUUGAGAAACUUGUUAUUGAUCCUGUCCGGCAUUGGUCUAGGGGGCUGAGUAUGGUGAAGGAAGAUGAGGAUGAGGAAAUGAGGGCAAGAACCCAUGCUUUGAAACACCUUAAGAAAUUUGUUCCUACAACUGUAAACUUUGUGUGUCUGUCGUAAUUAGGUGCAGUGUAGGUUGUGUAACUUGUGUUUGUAUU